AGCACUACUCGAAUCAGGAGGCCCGUGAUAGGGUGGGUGCCUACUAGCUUCCCUCGCGAGCAGUUGGAGAACGAGUCGGUUCCGCACACCGACGGCAUCGGUGAAGUUGUGUCGCGACUCCGCUCUUCUCAUAAGCGUGGGAAUUGAUCCACAGUUUUCAAAUUGCGGUGUGGUUGCAUGGCGGGCGUGCACUCGAGAGUGUGUGCUCGAGGCUGGCGCUAAGGCUGUAACGUUUCCUUGGUGGUUCGCAACCCCCCCCCGAAGGUCCAGGCCAACGAAGCGGGCAACGGCGAGGCAGAUACGAAGCUCCUCCGCUGCCUGCGGACGACCUGGAACUGUGCGUCGCGAGCUUCUCCGAAUGCCUCGCCACCUUGGCCGCCGCGAACGCCACGGGAGGGCAGGACGAGGAGGAGCUGGCCUUCAGCAUCCUCGGCUCGUGGAUGAAGGGCCUCUACGUGCGCCAGGAGGCCCCGCGGCUGGCCGAGGACGGCGCUUGGCGCGCGGAGGUCCUGGAGCGCUUGCAGAGCCUGGCCCUCCUCAGCCUUGGGCAGCCGAGCACGGCCAUCGGAGUCGGGCAGAUGCUCUUCCUCUACUUCUGGUGGGGGGUGCAGCCGCCGCCCAGCGGUGAUGCACGGAGCCGGGGCGGGGCCGCGCCGCGGCCGCGCGGGCCAGACGUCUCCGUCGCCAUGGCCGCGGCGGAGCUCCACGGGCGGAGCAUCUCCUUCAGCGGCUGCGAUUCCCGCGCGACGUCCCUGGAGUCGUUCGAGUCCAAGAAGUGUCCCUGGCGGUGGCGGUUCCUCUUGCUGUUCCUCGUCGAGCUGGGGAGGAAGCUGGCGGUUGAGGGGCACGACCUUGCCGGUGGAGCUAGACAAAUGCGACGGGCAGAGGUUCAUCUUGGAGCAAUGCGUGCAUUGCCUUACUUCUCGCGGCAUCAGACCUUGUUGGAAGGCCCUUACAGGACCAAUCACAACGAUGAUUUCUUCCCUGAGGCGAAGCAUUUGCCAAUUUGGCCCCGAGAAAUGUGGCCAGAGUUCGCCUUCUUUCUGGAAUCGCAUGCUCACGUCUUCCUCGCAGAGCUCGCCCAGUUGAUAUCUGCCGACGUUGAAGACGAGAUCUUCCGCACGGUGCAGCAGCAGCAGACCGAGUUCACGCCACUGCCCAAGGACUGGGGCUUGCUUGACCUGGUGCGCCAGGGCAAUGCGACGGCGGCGUGCCCGUACGCUCCUGCAAGUUGCCGCCUUCUCCAGGCGCGGCCUGAGAUCGACGGGCGUUGUUUCUCCGACCGCGUGCCAAACGCAGGGGUAGCGUUUGCGAGGCUCCUGCCGGGCACCGAGGUCAAGCCCCACUUUGCCACGGAGCCACGGCUCGCGGUGCACCUGGGGCUGAUCACGCCGCCGGGGCCGGCCAUGAAGGUGGCCAACGAAACCGCCACGUGGUCGCAGGGUGAAGCCGUGGUUUUCGACGAUACGUACUUUCACUCUGUCCGGCACGAGGGGGAGGAACCGAGAUUCGUGCUCCUGGCAUGGAUUUGCCACCCUUGCGAUCUGAGCUGGCGCAGUCGCAACGGGGAGGAAUGGGUUCGGGACAACCCCUUACCAAGGUGGUGCGGACCAGAUGAAAAGGUGAAUGUCGGAUAAGAUCAGCCUAAGAGAGAGAAGUAGCAGGAAAUCAGUGUGGGACUUGAUAUCAGCGUUAAAAUUUCGGACGACAGUUCAGUGGCUGGAUGGAUG